GAGAGAGGGCUCACACAGAGCCCUGGCCGCCUGUGGCUUCAGAUCGCUGCUCCCGUCGGCGCUUCCAGCAGACGCGUUAGCGUUAGCGCAGGUCUCCGAGCUCACCCCCCUGGGGUUUGUGGGAACAGAACUGCCCUCUCUGAUGUGGCGGGGAAGACAGCAGGCCAUCGCGACAGGGAACGGUGAUUAAACUUGCCAUUGAGGAUUAAUUAAAAGGAAAAAAAAGGGGGUUCUGUUUCAGCUGUGAAGGGGAAGUGAAGUGACACUGAAUCAAAGAUCAUCUCUGGAAAACAAGAGGACACAUCAGAGGAAGGAGGAGGAUUGAUGUCAGAAAGAGCGGGACUUCAAAGUGGAUAGUUUUUUUUCCCCUGGGUUUGGAUCUGGUCCCAGCUUCCUUGUGGUUUUUGGUGUUUGGUGGAUCGGGAAAGGCAACAGUUACUGAAGUACAGAAUUACAGAAAAACACGUGCGUGCCGAAACUCACCAUAGACACGCAGUCACCGAUAAGGAGGCCGCUGAGUGCAGAGAGACAGACACAGCUUCUCCGAGGGGUCAGGAGGUCGCAGCAGAGUAGGAGAAAAACAGGAGUAUAGUGAAAGUGAGAGGGAGCAAAGCCACGCCGCCGGCGAUGGUGAGGGACACCUCCGCUGACGCCGGGUACCUGGGGAGGGCCGUCGGUCAGAAUGAACACACCUGCAGCAGCGGUGGCGGUGGCGUGGGGGGGAGGACGGGGGCGGGCCGGCGCAGGCCGCUCCCCCUGCCGCUCUGCCUCCCGCUGUGCGUGCUGCUGUGCGCGUGGGGGCCAGCAGAGGGCGCCCUGCAGUCCAGCUUCCUGCAGCGGCGGCUGAGCGUGCGCGAGAGGAAGGAGAUGCAGCGUGAGAUCCUGUCCAUCCUGGGGCUGCCCGGCCGACCCCGCCCGCACCCCCCGCUGCGGCCCCCCUCCUCCGCCCCCCUCUUCAUGCUGGAUCUGUACCACGCCGUGUCCGGGGAGGCCGAGGAGGCCCCCGGCCUCGCUCUCAACCUGGACCGGGUCAGCCACGCCGCCCUGCCCACCCUCAGCACCCACACCCCCCCGCUGGGCACCAUGGUCAGCGAGGCCGACACCGUCAUGAGCUUCGUCAACGUGGUGGAGCAGGAGAGGGACCUCUUGCAGCAGCGCCCCUACUGGAAGGAGUUCCGCUUCGACCUGACGCCCCUGCCCCAGGGCGAGACGGUCACUGCCGCCGAGUUCCGCAUCUACAAGACCCUGAGCAUCGGCCAGCGGGCCAACCGCACCCUGCACAUCUCCGUCUACGAGAUCCUGAGGGAGAACAGGCACAGGGAGCCUGAGCUGGUGCUACUGGACAUGCAGUCAGUGCCGGCGGGACAGGAGGGCUGGCUGGCCUUCGACGUGACCUCGGCCAGCAACCGCUGGCUGCUGCACCCGCGUAGCAACCUGGGCAUCCGGCUGUACGUGGAGACGGAGGAGGACCGCUCGCUGUCGGCAGGCUGGGUGGGGCUGGUGGGUCGCCGCGGGCCUCGCUCCAAGCAGCCCUUCAUGGUGACCUUCUUCCGCGCCAGCCAGGCCCCCUGCCGUCCACCACGCGCCGUCCGGCACAACAACCCCCGCAAGAAGAAGCCCAAAUACGACCUGCCCCACCCCAACCGGCUGCCCGGCAUAUUCGAUAACAACCACGCCAACAGCGGCAGGCAAGCUUGCAAGAGGCAUGAGCUCUACGUCAGUUUCGGGGACCUGGGCUGGAAGGACUGGGUGCUGGCUCCAGAGGGGUACUCUGCUUUCUACUGCGAUGGGGAAUGCUUGUAUCCGCUGGGCUCCUGUAUGAACGCCACCAACCACGCCAUGAUCCAGCUGGUGGUUCACCUGCUGAAGCCCGACGAGGUUCCGAAGGCCUGCUGCGCCCCCACCAAGCUCAGCCCCAUCUCCGUGCUCUUCUACGACGACAACAACAACGUCAUCCUCAAGAAGCAGCGCAACAUGGUGGUGAAGACCUGCGGCUGCCUGUGACCCGGGCCGCGCCGCCGCGUCCGCA